AAGUCGUCCUACUUUUUUUUUCUCUCUCCUACCUAUAAUAAAGUUUUUUAACCUAAUUUCUUAUUUUUGAAAAAAAAAAAUGAAGUUAUUCGCUACCAUAUACAUUGCUGUUAUAGCUUUUGCUGCUUUUUCAAAUGCACAAGCACAAAAUGCAACAGCGAAUCUUCCAGACUUUCAAUUUCUUCUCACCCAGAAAUCAGAACCAGAACGAGAUAAUAUUUGUAAGACCAACAUGGGUUUUUGCGAAACAAAUUGUGGUGGACCGAAUAAAGCUCCAAUGAACUUUUGUAAUGUAACCACAAUGGGAUGGGGAUGUGGAUGUAGCGAUAAAAUUCCGGAUUUAUCAGCGUUCCAAUGGCCAAUUAACCGUGAGCAUUGCAUCGGAUCAGGGGAAGCUUGCAAGUUAGCCUGUCAAGAUCCUAAAGUUCCAAAUGAGAAAAAGCCAGAUUGCAAUCUAGCUUGCAUUGAUACAUACACUUCAAAGUGUGGUACAGCAGCACAACCACCAGCCUAUUAUAAUGUUUCAGAUCCUGCAAUUGUUCCAACAUACGCUCCGCCCAAGAAUUCAGUGACCGAUAGUGCAAAUAAUAAUAGUACUAGUACUAAUGGCACUAAUGGCAGUCAAUCAACUAAUAAUUCAGCAUCAGAAAGUAAAAAGCAAAGCAGUGCUUCCUCAAUAAAUCACCUUGGAAAUGCUGCUGUUGCUUUGGUAAUUGUUGCCUCUGGAAUGUCUCUAUUUUAAUUUUAGUAUUUUAAUUUAAUUAAUAAUUUAAUUAUAAUUAUUGGGAUGUUGCGGUUGCAUCAUUUAAUAUAAAAUUAAUGUCAAUUAGAAGUUAAAGUUUUCUUAGAUUUAUUAUUAAUAAAAUAAAACUUUUAU